UUGUCACGUGACUUAGUGACGUAGCGUCCUCCACUCUGCGUUGAUGCACGGGGGGGGUUCCAUCAUGGCGUCGAUGCAGAAACGGCUACAAAAGGAAUUGUUAGCCUUGCAAAAUGAUCCACCCCCAGGAAUGACGCUCAAUGAGAAAAGUGUACAGAACACCAUCACACAGUGGAUUGUAGAUAUGGAGGGAGCGCCCGGUACACUCUAUGAAGGAGAGAAAUUUCAGCUGCUAUUCAAAUUUAGUAGUCGAUAUCCUUUUGAUUCACCUCAGGUAAUGUUCACAGGAGAGAAUAUACCUAUCCACCCACAUGUGUAUAGCAACGGUCACAUCUGUUUAUCGAUUCUGACGGAAGAUUGGUCACCAGCCCUCUCAGUGCAAUCAGUUUGUCUUAGCAUUAUCAGCAUGUUGUCCAGCUGCAAAGAAAAGCGACGGCCGCCUGAUAACUCCUUCUAUGUAAGAACGUGUAACAAAAACCCAAAGAAAACGAAAUGGUGGUAUCACGAUGAUACAUGCUAAUGUACAAACUUUGUAAUACUCGUAGAAGAAAGAAGUCCUACUGACCUACGUAAAGCACUUUUUAAUCAUUCGGUCUUUGAACUCUGACCUUUGACUGGAGCAAUGGAAACCAAGCGCUGGAGGCUUUUGUCUACAUUCCCCACUAAAAACGAAAGGGAGGGGGCUGCAUGUUUAAGUCGGUUGUAACAUAGAAAAUGACAAACGGAAAUCGACCCGAGUACAAGUGAUGCGUUAUUUUUGGCUAACGGUUCGGAGUGCAGCGAGCGAGAAAAGGCAGAUUUCUGGUGAGACAAUAGAAUUUCCUGUGUUACAGUUAUUAUUAUUGUUUGUUUUUGUGUGGGUGCUUUUUAAGAUCUUUGUGUUGUGCAAUAACAACUGAUGGAUGCAUGCUGGGGCCUACGAAGAGAAAUGUAACCAUCUUCUAGAAGGGAUCUGACCAUCAAAACCCCAAGAAAAUGCUCCAUUGGUAUUUCCCUUUUCUUCAUCAUAAUCAUCAUCAUUACUAUUAUAUGCACUGUGAGAGUAUCUAGUUUGGAAAGAAACACUUUUUACGUUAUCCACUACUUGCAGAUGCACUGUAAGCAGUCCUUUGUGUGUAUUUUUUCUGGUUAGUAACCGCUGAUAGCGCGGUUUUCUUCAUCUUCCAACCUGAGACCUGCGGUUCUUCCUGCUGUUGGACGGAAUGGCGGUACAAACGGGGCGAGAACCCGAUAAGGUGACCUCGGUGAGCAUCUCCUCAUCAGGUUGGGUUAGAUGUGCAGCAGCAGCAGCCUCUCUCCCAUUUAAAGAAUGUCUAAGAACACACUGAUGCGUUUUACAUGUAUGAUGAAUGUCGUUUAAAUUUACACGCUUUAAUUUUCUUUCCUCUGACAUGUUUGAUUUUAAAUGUCUGUUUUUCUACUGUUUUUGGACUAGCCAACAAUUUGAAAAAGGGGUUCUUUUGAUGGGUCAGUGUGUUUAUUAUUAUUAUUAUUAUUAUUAUUAUUAUUAUUAUUAUUAUUAUUAUUAUUAAUAUUUUGUAUUAUUUAAUUUAAAACUUCGAAUGAGCUCCAGAGCAGCAGUGAGUGACAGGAAAGUGUGUAAAAGUCAGAAAAAAUUGUGAUUUUUUUCUUCUUCUUCCCCAGUCAGUUUUGGCUCAGGUACUUUUUUCAAUAAAGAGAUCGCCUCUAAAAAUUACCUAUUUAAUAUUCUGAAUUUAGCUAUAUUUACACCAAAAGAGACUGUUAUGUUGAAAGUUUGUCUAUUAAUGUGUAGAAGUUUUUCUGAAUGAUGACCGAACUCAGCAGGAGAUGCACUUCCGUUUCCAUCUGAAUGAUAAACAUUAGUGUUUUGUUUUUUUUUUUGGUUAAAUUAGGAAUUGUACACUGUAAAAAGAAUUGGUUGAUUUUACAGUGGGGGUGCAUGUAGUUUUAAACCCUACCUUUCUCAUCGACAUCCUUAAAUCUUCCCAUAACUUUUUUAACAUCACAAAGAUCACCUCCAAAGACUAAUCACUCCAUUCCUAAACACUUUUAUCCAGUCAGAUACUUGAAUUUUUCCAAAACGAUUUUUUUCUGAGAUCUAGCACAAUUUUGUUUCUUUUUUAUGAAGCUGAGUGAAUGUGAUGAUGUAGAGGAGAUUACCACAACUAUCUUAAAAACUAUAUUCAUAACUUAAAGACGACUAUUUAUCCGAUGGUUUUUGCUUCUUCUUAAUGAGUUGAGUCAUCUGUUAGUUUGCUGGUACAGAAAAAAACCUGAUUGAUGUUAAUGCAGUCAACAGCAUGUGAGCAGAGACAAAAAGGCCUUCAUGCAGUGGGCACAAGAUCAGAGGAGUUAAAACUAAUUUGUGAGUGAACACGUUGAGAUUUUAGUUUUUGUGGUUUUCCUUUUUAAUGUGGUUUGAAUUCUUAGCUUGCAGGUUGUUGUGAGAGUGAUAAACACUAAUGAGGGCGGGUUAUUUAUAUUUAAAAACUUUUUUUUUUGUUCUGGGAUGUGCAAGCUCCAUGUAAUAGGUGCCUGUUCAUUUUCAUAAUCAACAAUAAAAGCAUAAAUUCACUUUUAUUUAA